AUGUUUCCUCCUCGGCCUACUCCACCCUCUAAACCCCAGGCCCCGCUGCAUCCUUACUUCACAAAGCCUGCUACUCCACCUCCUGGGAACCCUCAGUAUUACUUUUCCUUCUACCCUCAGCCAGCCAAGCCUGUAACUAGCGCUCCACCUAAAGACCCCCAGCCUCACUGGUAUUCAGAGUCCUUCUACCCUCAGCCAGCCAAGCCUGUAACUAGCGCUCCACCUAAAGACCCCCAGCCUCACUGGUAUUCAGAGUCCUUCUACCCUCAGCCAGCCCAGCCUGUAACGAGCGCUCCACCUAAAGACCCCCAGCCUCACUGGUAUUCAGAGUCCUUCUACCCUCAGCCAGCCAAGCCUGUAACUAGCGCUCCACCUAAAGACCCCCAGCCUCACUGGUAUUCAGAGUCCUUCUACCCUCAGCCAGCCCAGCCUGUAACGAGCGCUCCACCUAAAGACCCCCAGCCUCACUGGUAUUCAGAGUCCUUCUACCCUCAGCCAGCUGAGCCAGUUACUCAUAUGCCUGCCACACCCCCCCCUGCAACAGAAGCUCCAAAUGGCAAGACUCCCAAAUUCUUUGGGAUUCCUUUGACCGUCAACCAGCCAAGCCUGCUACGCAUCCUGUGA